AUGGAUAACACGAGCUGGGAUCAAAAGAUCCACGCCAUGACCCACAUCUUUACCACCCCAACAACCUCGCCGUCCCUCCACUCCCAGCUCUUCAUAGCCUCCCAAAUCCCCUGCUACAUCCACUGGGACUACCCGCCGCUCCUCUGCCGCCGAUCCCCCGCCGGCCCAUCUCCUCCGCCGCUCGUGAAGUGGGCCGUCCUCCGGUUCCUGAAGCAGGCGUCGAGGUUCGGGCUUCCCGAGACCUCGUGGCGGUCCAAAUGCCCGUACCAGGUGCCGCCGCCUCUCGUUCCGGCGAAGGGUUUAGAAGAGGCGCGAUGGGGCGAGGAGGAGAGGAUAAGGUACGUGCGGCGGAGGUUGAGGAGGGAGAGGCUGGGGAUUAAGGUACACCCUUUGAUAGGGAUCGUCGUGCCUAAUCUCCUGUUGCUCGCUACUUUGCUCUGGGAUCCAAUGGCGUCCGAUGUCACCUGA